CUUCCUUCCUUCCCCUCUCUCUCUCCCUUCCUCCCUUCCUUCCCCCCACAGAGCCACCCACGCUGAGCCAAGAGAGAGACACAGAGAAAGAGAGAGGCUGCAAAGAAGGGUCCUGCUGAGGAAGGAAGGGCCAAGGAAGGAGGGCCAAGGAGAGCCCUCUCUCUUCCACCCCCCCCCACAAGACAGAAGAGGAAGACUUCACCCCCCAACCACCCCCCAGGACUGAGGACUGGGCCCCCCUGCUGGUGACCCUGACCCUGGCAGGGACAGAGCUGGGGGUCCCUGCCCACCCCAUGGAGCCCCCUGGGUCUGGCUCUGGGGCUGCUGCUGCCAUGCUGACAGGGUAUUUGGAACAACUCCCCUAUCCAAAAUUAAGAGGGAGCCUCUGGCCUGAAUCCAAUUGGUUUGUCCAAACUAGAGGAGAUCCAUUGAAGCAAUUGUUGAAUGGAGAGUCAACAUAUAGUCAUGGAUCCCUCAGUCACUCUGUGGCAGUUCCUGCUGCAGUUGUUGGAGCAGCAAAGCAAUGGGCAUCUCAUCUCAUGGACCUCCAACGAUGGGGAGUUCAAGUUGAUUGAUGCAGAAGAGGUUGCACGGUUGUGGGGACUGAGAAAGAACAAAACCAAUAUGAACUAUGACAAGCUGAGUCGGGCCCUGCGCUACUAUUAUGACAAGAAUAUUAUCCGUAAAGUCAGUGGGCAGAAGUUUGUCUACAAGUUUGUCUCUUACCCAGAACUCUCCAGCAUGGAAGGUGUGAAGGAAGAGGGAGCAACCAAGAGGCCUGAACAGAUCCAGAGUGAAACCAAAGUGGGUGAUGGAGCCUUUGGACCAUCCAAAGCCCCACGUGGAGGUGCAGGCACCCCACGCAGCAGUCGGAAUGAAUAUAUGCGCUCUGGGCUCUAUUCCACAUUCACCAUCCAGUCGCUGCAGGCUCCUUCACCUGCUGGGCGAGCCUCUCGCCAUGAGACUGAGCUCUUGCCUGCGGUGCCAGCCCCAACUGCCCCCACAGAACCACCAACCCCUUCCUUGGCUCCUGUGGAGGAUCUGCCACAGUUGCACAUCAGCAUUGAGGAAGCAGAGGAAUCUCCAGACUCCCUCCAGGUCAUAGUUGAGCCCACCCCACUGGAGACGGCUACCCUUGAUGAGAAGGUGCUGGUGAAGGUUGAGGAGAACCUUGACCUUGAAGAAGAGGCGGCUGCUCUGCUGGUUCUCAUGGAUGCUGGAGUCAAGGAGGAGACCUUACCUUCUGAGAAGGUCUCCCUGGAGAAGGUCACCGUGGAGCCUGAGGUGUCCCUAGAGGAAGGGGAAGGGGUGCUGAAGGAGGAAGCUCAGUCCCCAAGCCCAGUGGCCGUGUCUCUCGAGGGACAACCCCAGAAGGGCAAGAAACCCAAAGUCCUGGAGCUCCCUUCACUGCCGACCCCAGAGAAAGUGAAUGCAGCUGUGAACAGCCUUCUGGCUCCUGGGGGAACAGGGAGUACCUUGACUCCGACCACGGUUAUUUCAACUCACGCACUGACACCUGUUCUCCUCACACCAAAUUCCUUGCCACCCACUAUCCAUUUCUGGAGCACCCUGAGCCCCAUUGCCCCACGAAGUCCAGCCAAGCUCUCUUUCCAGUUUCCCAGCAAUUCUAGCUCACAAGUGCACAUUCCCUCGCUCAGCGUGGAUGGACUUUCCACCCCCGUAGUCCUGUCUCCUGGCCCCCAGAAGCCAUAACAUUUCCUCUUUCCACCAUGAUCUCCAGUCAAAAUGCUGGCUGGAGAUACCUUCCAAACACUUGGGAUUACUUACCUGGCUGGACUGCUACAUGUCCUUUUGUUGACUGGUGGAGCCCUUGGCUGAGUCAUGGAGGGUUCACUUGAAGGAUGAACAUGACAUAGCCAGCAGAUUCAUCCAACUAACCUUGGAUAUACCAGGAUUCUCCUUUGAAGCCAAAUGGUGUCUCCUUCAAGCUAAGAAGCUGAGGUGUUGCAUUUGCCUCCUUGUGAAAUGUUUUGUGUGGUCCUCAGAUAAGGGCAAAAAGGAAAUAACCUCCUUUAUUUGAUCUCGCCUCUGAUUAAGGGUUGUCCAUAUUUACCUUUGAUAUGGCAAUAUGGGCUCAUUCUGGAGUUCUGUCUUAGCGUCCAGUCUGAUAACGGAGAUGUGUUUGGGGGAUGGCUCAAUAGCAAGAAGGCCACCCCUCUCCUCCCACAGUCCAAGACAACUUGCUUAUCUCAUUUUAUCCCAUCCUUCUCUCCCUGCUGUUUGAUUUUGAGCUAGAGAGUCUGUACUGUAGACCUUGCCAGCCAUGUUCAUUUGGGCUGGACGUUGGAGGCAGAAUCAGCAUUGGCCAUAUAUGUUGUGACUGUGUGGCCACAUCAGCCAUGGAUGGGCAGUGAUCAUUUUGUAAGCAGUCUUUGCUUUGAGUGGGUAGGUGGGCUAUGAAGUUUCAGCCAUGUUUGUUUUUUUGGCUGGAUGGGAGUAACAAUGUCAGUGUUAGCCACAUCUCUUGUGGCUGAACAAAGAGGAAGCACUGUUGAUCAAGUGUCUUCAGACUCUUUGAAAGAAAGAGUGUUGGCCUCAAUCAUGAUUUGAUUUGGCUUGGAGAAAAAUAGGAUGUGUUUGUUGUACAAUACUGUAGGAGGAAGUGGUGCCAGUCAUGGCCAGUUUUUCUAGAUGAGGUGGCAAUGUCAGCCAUGGUUGUUUUGGUUAAACAAUGCUGACCAUAGUUACUGAGGAGGAUACUUCUAGAACUUAUUUUUGUCAUGUCAGAUGCUCCAUUUGAUAUCAAGACUACAGCUGAGGAAGUCUUGGUCAUCCUCCCUUCUCCCCCACUGAUGCACUUCCUGAAGGUCAACGGUCACCAGUUCGUCAAUGUGGAAACCAGCAAAUGAAAGUCCGCUAUUGAUUUCAAGGGGAACUUUCUCUCUUUGCAAAUAGGUUUCCGUAAUUUAUUUCCAGACGACCAAAGGCCACCACAGAAAAUGGCCGUGGGGAAGUCUUAACCCUUCCUACUUUUGACUGUUUUCAUAUAAUUUCAUUCCUGCAUUAUUGGCAAGAUGUCCGAUAUUAGCCAUCUUAUGAGGGAAUUUUACUUGUUGAUUGGCCACGUAGGAUGUCACAACAUCUCAUACCUCUUCAGUUUCUUCCAGCUCUUGAGUCACCCUGGAAGCAGCAAUCACAAAUCCUCACCUUAUAUCCUCUUUUUCUGCAACCAAAAAAAGGAGGCAGUAGGGAGGGAUUUUCUGCAGAAACAGUGGAAGUUUGGCCCUUUUCUUCAGCUCCUCACUUCCUUCCAGAUGCAUUAUAAGGGAACUUGUACCAAAGGGCUGUGCCUCUUUAUGAGGUGGGUCUGUUGUAACUCAGAUCCACAGAUGAUGAGGAUUUAAUGACUUAUUGAUUGUGAGGUUUGUGGGGUUUUCCCAUAAAUUUUUGUUAGUGAUACAAAUGAGAUGCCAUUUCAGAAUUAUCUUAUGAUUCAUAAUCAGAAUUCCCAGCGCCUUCUAUUUUUUCACAGAGUAUAUCUAUAUAUGUACCAUGGUUUUAUCUAUUAUUGAGAGAGUCAUACUGAGAGGAAAGUAGACUGCUUUAGAGCUAUAUUUAUCUUUUUAUCUGUCCGUUUUUGAUAUCUAUUUUUUAAACUGGGGUUGGGUGGUGGUGGGAGAAUGGGUGUUCUUUUAAAGCAAGAUGGCAAAGGGAAGAGCUUGGCUCCCCAGUUGUGCAUUUGUGUCUGUUUUUAAGUUGAAAGAAAACUUUAGACACAUGGUGCAGAGCAGUAGUUUUCAAAAAGUGCCCAGCAAGAAGUUCAGUCAUGGUGAGCAGGCUCCUCUGUGAGAGAAUCUGCCCACCAUUAAUGCUUUCCCCCUUGUAUCUGCAGCUACAGGGAAGCCUUGGGUGUGUUCUAGAUCUAGAACAGUGGCUCCCAUCCUGGUAUCCUCCAGAUGUGUUGGACUGCCACACCAAUCUUUCCCAGACAGCAUGGCCAACAUGCCCCAGAAUUCCCUCUGAAACUCUUCAGGGACUCUGCGGUAGAUGCUCAGUUAUUUCUUAUAGACAAAAACCACCUUGUGGGUAGCAGGGAGGUAUGGGCAAGGUGCAGGUAGGGAGUUUACUCCCUUCCAUAUGGCCCUUUUGCUUUUAUAUGAUCCUGCCCCUUUUUCUACAUGAUUGGUGGAGAUCAUACUUUUAAAUGUAUGGAACGUAUGCUUUUGUGUCUAGUUUGGCCCUGAUUUGUUUAUACCCAGUUGCAGAUUUCGAAGUCAUGAGCUUCAACAGGCUUAAUUUCUUCAGCUUUUUUGUAGCUGAUGUGUCAGAAUCCACUCUCACAACCCUAUUGAGCAAAGCCAGUGGAUGUAGCUUUGUGUUCCAGCAAGAGAGUGGAGGAUGGGUAACCGAUUCAAGAUUUGGCCUGACUGCAUAUUAGAUGGCAGACUUGGGGCUGGCUUUGAAAAUAAGCCAUUUUAACCAGAAUGAUAUGAUUGAUUUUAUUCAUCCCUUUGUGUAGCAUUUAAUACUCAUAAUGAUUAAACUUUUUGCACUUCCAUAUUGCCUCCAAUGUGGAGACAUCUUAAGUGCUUUACGAGGGGUGGUUUACAGAUUUAUUUAAUAAAUUAAGGCACUUUGUGUAAACAGCAAUCUGCAAAUCAAUCAGGUACAAACCAUGAGUGUUACUAUGGACAAAAUCGUGUGUAAAUCAUAUGUGAUUUGUGUAUAAAGUAAGCUGUGCUUUAAAGCAAACUGUGAGUACACCAUGCAUAAGCCAUGAGUAUAUAAUAGAAACUAUGUGUGGGGAACAGUAAUACAUUGUGUGGAUGAGUAGAACAGUGUACACACUGCUGCUUCUGUGGAAGCCCUUUAGCAGAGUAUAUGCCAGUGAACUAAAUGAACCAUAGCAAGAUUUUGUGUAACCCACUAGUACAUCAUGAAUAAGUAUUUGUAAACAAUGAACUUAAAAUGUUAAUUUCAUAGUAACCUGUGGUUUCACUUUAGCCAUCCUCCAUGCAAACCACAGGGAAGCCAUGAGUAAACAAUCAGUAAAAUGCAAAUAUUGUUGUAUGUAAACUGUAAGUGAAGUAUGGUUACACUUUGGAGUACACCAUAUGCAAACGAUGCGUAGGUCACUUAAGCCAUGAUUGACCUGUGACGGUCAAGCCAUGUGGAAGCCUACGCAAUGCUUAAACCAUUUGAGCUUGGUUUUCUCAAAUUAGGGGCUCUCUACAGUGAGCCUCUCUCUUUUUCUCAUGGAGGUGCCAUUGGGCUUGUCCCAGUUUUAUUGAGAGCACCCAGUGGAGUAGCUUUACAAACUCUUUUGUCUAGGAUGAAGGCCCUCUUUGGAACUCUCCAUCCUGAAGCUCUGUCUUCAGGGUUAAUUGCUUGAAAGUCCCUGGGGGACUUGGGAGAGCAAGGUAGUGGCUCUGUAGUCCUAUGCUCCUUUUUAUUGUUACUGUUAUUGUUUUAAAUUCUCCCUUCAACUUGUGCAGAUUUCAAAUACGUUUGUGCUAGAGUAAAAAUCAAUCAAUCAAACAUUUUGUAGCCAUAUAUUAUUGCUGACCCAUGUGACAAAAGGGUUCCUCACAUGGUAGCAUGUUCAAGGAGUAAUUGCAAAAAGACUAUAGCAAAUAAUAGUGCAGGAAAUAAGAUACAUAUCAUUACUAGAUGCCUUUCCCACAUUCCUCUACUUGCAAGUUGAAAGCAGCCCUGUGGUAUCAAGGGAGUGGAAUUCCUGAAUCUCUUCUGAGAGCCUGACUCCGCAGGGAGUAAAAACCCCUAAUGUCAGUAGGCUUCCUUCAGGGAAAUGGGCUAUUGGUGUGUCCUGAGCUACUAAGUCUGAUUCCUUUCAUCUCCAAUCUUAAUGAAAACCAGGAUUAACUGUAUUGUUUGUACAUUUCUCAAUCCAGGAAAAUACAGUGCUCUCAUUCAAAUAUAAUACAAUAAACCUCAACUCUUCUCCAUCUCGGUCAACCGUGGGUCUAAAGAUCCCACACCUCUUGCCAGUGGCAUCACUAAGAGCCCUGGUGGCGCAGUGGUUAAAUGCCUGUACUGCAGCUACUCACUCUCAAACCACAAAUUUGUGAGUUCAAUACCAGUCCAGGGGCUCAAGCUCGA